UCCGGCCUUUUGGAAUGAAAGAAUACGAUGGGAUAGGUCGGAGGACGGUAUAACAACAUUAAACGCCAUCUGUUUAUCUGAACCGGUGAUCUCCUGAUCGCUGUUCAUCGUCUUCUGCACAAUCAUCUACGCCCUUGUCAUACCUUCCACUCCAUUCUCAGUGGACAGCAGGACAGGAGUGGUGAGCUAGCAGAAGCAGUUGAUACUCUGAUAAAAUAGUGGAAAUGGCAAACAGCAAUAAACAGACCCAACUAAAGUCAACAGACGACGUUAACUUCAAAAUGCGCCGAAGUUUUUCGUGGGAUAGAUCCUUUUUCACCAGUGAUGGUUUUCUUGGUGCUGCAGAGUUGUCAAGCAUGAUCAAAGGAGACGGGGAUGAUGUCAAGCACGAGUUACAGAAAAUCGACGAGCUCGAAAGUCUGGAAGCUGAAUUGUACCAAGAAAUUGAAGCUUCAACUCAAAAAGCCAAUGAAAUAUCUAUGUUAAAAAAAUCAAGCAAACGCGUGUCAUCAGGAAAGAGGGAUUCUCAAGCAAAAAAGAUAACCGGAGCGAGUGGUCCCCACAAGGAUGCACCGACCAAGACACCACCGAAAAGAUCAUCGCUAACCGGUGCUUCAGGUAGUUCUCCAACAAACAAUGUUAAAAGCCCAGCGAGAAGAAGCAUGGGUUCCAUAACUGGUAAAGAUAAUGUUGGCUCCCCCUCGAGAACACCACCUGCGAUCAUAACUAAGAAUACACUGGCGUCGGUUAAUACUCGUGUAUCAAGGACAUCGCCUGCUAGUCCUGUUAGCCCACGGUCACCAGGUUCAUCACCUUCGGCAUUUUCCGUCACUCAACGCUCAAAAAGGCGUGAUAGUGUUCCUCAUAAAUCCUCGGUGAAUAACGAGAAACCAUCACCAACCAACGAAAGAAGAAACGAUGACCGCAAAGCCAGCAAACGUGCAGUCAGUGUAACGCCCAAAACACAAUCGAGCAUCAGCUUGAAGAUUAAACCGCCACCUAUGAUUUCUCAUCCAUCCUCACCUUCAGGUUCAACAACUCAACGGUGGUCUCUGUCAUCAUCUUGUACGGUCGAUCAAAGGUCAAAAUCACAUGGAAUUAAAGGUUCUCUUGUUCAUCACGCAUCCAAACCGGCUUUGAAAAACCAUCCCAUUGGCCAGACUUCAGAUCCGAACCGAAAACAGCCAGCAAAAACAGCUGCAGCAGCUAGUUCAGGACUACAACCAAAUUCCCCGAAAACUAAGAAACAAUCAAGUCCUAAAGCAAAAGAAUCCUUGGAAAAUAUUUAUAUAAUCUCUCCGGAACUUCUGGAUUUGAAAGGUAAGAUAAACGCCUUGAAGAUGGAAAUCAACAUGCACAAGGACAGAUGCAACAAAAUGGUCCGUGCCGAAGGUAACUUGAAGACUGCAUUUGCUAUCAAAGAAUGCAGUGUGUGAGAUAUUCGGAGUCGUUCACGACUACAUGUAAAUGAUAAUCUAAACAAACAAUGAAUUGUUGAAUGGUGUCAAAAUUUUUGUUUUGCUUUCACAUGGCUAAAAUUAAGAAUACAACAUUGUUCAUGUGUAGCG